GUGGCACGCACCACGUCGCCGGCGAUACGACACCCGUUAGCAGCGGAACUGCUCUCGCCGCAUGUGACGUACCCCUCCCCGUCACCUGACGGGAAGGCGGCGUCCCGCAAGGGACCAGACGCCUUGCGGAGUGGCCUCGCUUGGCGUAACUUCCGCCGCCCGGGGAGCAGCAUGGCGGAAGCAGAGGAGCAGCCGUCUACUUCGCCUCAGAGCGAGGGCCGAAGCGAGCGUGGGGAGGAAGCCCCGGAAGGCGGAGUUGCAGCGGGGACAGCUGACCCGGCCCCCCCUCCGGUCGGCUCGCCGGGCACCGAGGAGCCCGCCGGCGACACAAAAAAGAAAAUUGACAUCCUGCUGAAGGCCGUGGGCGACACCCCCAUCAUGAAGACGAAGAAGUGGGCCGUGGAGCGGACCCGGACCAUCCAAGGCCUCGUUGACUUCAUCAAGAAGUUCCUCAAGCUGAUGGCCUCCGAGCAGCUGUUCAUAUACGUGAACCAGUCUUUUGCUCCAUCUCCAGACCAAGAAGUUGGGACCCUCUAUGAGUGUUUUGGAAGUGAUGGCAAGCUUGUACUGCAUUAUUGCAAAACUCAGGCAUGGGGAUGAAUGACAAGGAAUAAAGUUGGUUAGAUAUUGUCUUCAAAAAUGGAAAAGGAACUAACUUUCUUAAACUCAACCUAUAAACACACAGAAAGAAGGAUUUUUGCAUUUCUGCUUAUGACUGUACAUUUAUAGAAACAAUGCAGAUGAAUAGCAUAAAAGAAGAGCUACCUAGGCUAUCUGAUCAUGUAGCUUUUUUCUGAUGUACAUCUGGGGUACAGAAAACAAUCUGCAUCUGCCACCUAUAGAGUAGAGCCAGCUCUCUUGCUGCUGAAUUCUCAACGUAUCUGAAGGGAAACUAUUUCAUAAUUGUCUGGAGGACUCGGCAGCUCUGUCACUCUAUAUGCUGUACUGAAGAUAAAAGUUCCUUUUUAUUAAAAGGGAUGUUUAUUGUACAUGUAGCCUGGGAUUCACUUCUGACAUGUUGUACAUCUAUUAUGUGCAUUCUAUUCUUUGUGGACUCUUCAUCUUGAACGUGCAUUAUCUCAUGUCAUUUCAAGACAGUAUUUUGAUUUUUUUCCCCUCAUAGUUACUAUGUAGGUAUUGGUAUAUAAUUUCUUCACCCUGUGCCUUCAUCAUGUUGGUAGCGUAAGUACCUCAUUUAUGUGGCACAGCAUAAUGAUAGGCCUCAGAAAUACUUUCCUCCCACCCAAAUUGUGUAGCGAUUUAUUGAAGGCUGAAUGCCUCAGGAGUUGCCAAGGUAUUUCUUCUGGCACUGUUUAAUGACUGGCAUCAUUAGUUGAAUGAUCUAGUUCCAUCUUUCAGUUAAUGAGGAAAUAGACACAAGGUGCUAAAAAUCUACUCUAUUCUCCUUUUGGCUGCUGUUAUUUUCCUGUUUCACCAGCUGCAUGUGCCAUCAACAAAAUAGAAUGCACUUUAUAUCCUUUUGCUAAGUCGUAACAUAAUGAGGAUUUUUUUUUCAUCCUGGAGAGGAGUUGGUACUUUGACUAGGUUACUGAACUUUGCUUUUAUUUAUUAGAUGGGUUGGGGGGGGGGUUGUGGGUUAUUUUAAAUGUCUGCUGUACAAUCUUGUAUGUUUGUUUAAAGUGUACUAAAUUAAAUGUUAGGUGUUUGCUUGCAGAGUGUUCUUAUGCUGGAUGACAGUUUUGGUCCCUGAUGUAAUUCACUUCUUCAGCACAUACAGGCAAAACAGCCUGUUCUAGUUUAAAGCAUGCUUGUACAAUGGUCUUGAGCCAUUCAUUGCUGUUGCAUGUGUAAGUGGCUCUUAUGUGGUCUCUGCAGCCUGUGUAUCAGAUGGGUUCCACCCUUGGAGAGCUUCUGGAGAACUAAUACUCAGCUUAAUUUACUGAUAUUGCUGCAGCUUGUAUGCAGCCUGCAUAUAUCGCAGGAGCACAGGCACAUAGAAUAAUUUAAGUAGGAAAACACCUUUAAGAUCAUUGAGUCCAACUGUUAACCUAACGCUGCCAAGUCCACCACUAAACCAUGUCUCUAAGUGCCACAUCUACACCUCAGGAAUCUACCUUUGAAAAUCUACCCCAUGAGGACAGAAAGUUUAUUGGAUCUGUUAUGGCAAUGUGUGUUGUCAGGGGCUUGAAAUUUAAUCAUUCAUAACAUUGCUUUAUAAUCAUUUUAGCAGCCAAUUUCUGUGACCACAUCAUUAGCUUAUGUAAAUAUACAUUUUAAUGAGCCCCUUGUCCUGAAUGCUUGCGAUGUGAAUAGCUUGAUAUAUUUUACCACUUUUUAAGUAGAAAACCUGGAUUCAUUGGAUUAAGCUAACAAGGUAAAAUUGGUUGUAAACUUAAAACACUUCAAAGAAUCCAUACUUGUGCCUACUCAAAACCCUGAUCUCAUGAGUCUUUAUUUAGGAGAACUGUUGCAAAGGUAGGCAUUUCUUGAAAUGACCUGCUCAGUUACUGUGGGGCCAGCGUAACCUUGCACAGCCACUAGAGGGUACACAAGGACAAAUGUAUUUGCAUAGUUUUUCCCAUUUUUUUUUUCCGAUCUUUUUCGUACUAUGUCCACUCACUGGCCUUACAAGUAUACGUAGUUUGUUCUCCUGUGUGGCAGUACGUUUACCUAAGAUAAGCUACUAGUCUGGCUCUCUAUAGAAUGUUCUGUUGGUGCCUUUCACCUCAUUUGAUCUUAGUGACUGAAACUACUGAUAUACUGCAGAUGUACUCUUCAGAAGUGAUGCAAGAAAGUUGGUUGGUUUGUGUUGCGGGUUUUUUUGUGGUUUGGUUUGUGGUGUUUUUAAAGAACAAAUAAAAACCCAUGAGGAUCUCAAUGUGAAGAAGGACUACAUCAUUGUAUCUUGCCAGCUAAUGGUAGAAGGUUCUCCUUCAUAUUGAAUCUAUAGAUAAUUUUUAUCCUCUGGAGUUGAAAAAACAAUUGUUUGCCUCAAUCCCUUCAAAGUAGCAUAAAACGCACUGUAAUGGUUUGGAUUUCUUUUAUUCACCACAUGCAUUUUUAAACUUGGAUAACUCAUGCAGCUUGGGUUUAUUCAUUUAUUUAACGUUCAGCUUGUUCCUUGAACAAUAUUUAUUUAUUACUGUUUGCUCCAGUAUUUUUCUGCUCUUAAUUUUUCUCCAACCUCAACUAACUAUGUCUUGGCCCCUAGUGUACCAGUAUACAGUGAUACUCACCUGAUCCAGCUCUUGCUUUCUCUUUCCUGGAUGCUGUAACUGGCUGCCUUUAUUCUGUUCCUUUCGUUUUAAUGACUGCCAGUUCCAAUUCUACUAAUCUCCCCCUGUAGCUUCUAAGAGAUUUCUCCUUUUUGCCGCUUUUCCCUGUAGUUUUCUACCUUCUCGCAUCAGGGAGGUAGUCAGUGCUCGUUUAUCUCUGGUAGCUCCUUAAGGACCAUGGGCUCUCUCUGUCUGGAGUCAGGGUGUGACUGUUCUAAGCAGCAGAAACUUUUCCUUCUGCAUGUUUUAAAUAACAGAGUAGACUGCAAAUAUCAAGUAGAUAAUGUGUUGGGUGAACAAAUAAAUGAUUAGCAGCAUGUUCCUUGUAGAAUUUGCAAAAGACAGUUGCAAAAGAUGUUAAAUCUUACAUGAUAAUCCUGAAAUGCUUUAAAAUGUAUGUACUUCUCUCCUUAAAAAGAAUACUUCCAGUAAAUUGGAAACAUCAGAAGCUUAAGUAGAACAUGAAAUAUGUUCUCUGUAUUCAGUAUGCCUUGAGCAAAAGCAUUGACUGUAUAGUUUAAGUGCCUUCAAUUGCUACAAUGGGAGGAAAAAGGAUGUGAAAGUAGGAGUUGACCUUUUGGCGAAGUCUGUGAGAGUGGUGCAAGACCCAAAAAAAGUUUAGACUUAGAAGAGUAUUGUGUUCCACCCAAAGAUGCUACAGUACUGAACUGCCAAUAUUUGCAAUAUAAUUUAAUUCACUUGAUUUUAUGUAAUUGAAUUAGCAGAAUAGGCAAGUGGGAAAAAAAUCAGUAAAUAAACUAAUUUUUAAAGAUUGAGAAAUAAACAUAAGUAUUGGAAAGCAAAA